AUGGCUUCAAAUACCACGAAUACAAAUAACAAUCCAUCUUCCACACAAGAGAAUGUCACGCUAUCUUCUGCACCUACUUCACCCUCAAUGCCUCCCAAGAACGAAGCCGAACCACCAGACGAUGUCGCCGUCCGAGGUCCUCCGCCACUACCAUAUAACCUGAGGGAACAUAAACUCAUGAUCUUUCUGUUCUGGAUGCUCAUCCUCACAGAGUGCACGCUCAUCCCCAUCAUUUUUUACUUUUGCAUCGCCAACUUGACCGACAUGCGACCUGGCGCUAUGUUCGCCAUCAUCACGGCCAUGUUUGGCUUUAUUUCUGGCGGCGAGUAUGGACUUAGGGGAUUGAGGCUAGCGCUGAAGAAGGAUACAUACCGACCAUUGUUUGGGGCUGGACGUUGGAGUUUUGAUACGGUGCAUCUUGUCCUUGGACAGCCUUACUUUGUCAUGACGGCGCUCAUGAUCGGCUUCAGUAUUCCGGAUCCGCCGAUAAUGAGAGGACUUAGUAUCAUCAUGCCAGUUGGUAUACUCAUGGUUACGAUAUACAUGAUGUGGACCGGCAUCGCACACCAUUUCGGCUGGCAUCUUCGCCAUCACCGUCUCAGCUCUCACGUUGUAGGCCAAGUCUACCCGCCAUUGACAUUUUGCAUCAUGGAAGACAUCACAGCAUGCGAUGGCGGUGGUGGUAAAGAAUACCGCGAGGCAGCGCUAAAACGAUACAAUGCGUCGCCUCGGUUUCGACGGAUGCUGGUUGAGAUGCUCUGGGGUUGGGCCAUUACAGGGUCUGUUUUGAGUAUUGUUCUUAUUGCCCUGGCGUGGAUUUUGCCAGUUGAGAUUGCGUAUACUUUGGGAUGGGCUGUUCCGAGUGUUUGGGGUGCGAUUGGGGCGUGGGUUACUAUUAAAUGGGGGCAGAGGAGUAUUAGGAUAGAGAGUGAGAACUGGGAAAAGGAUCACAAGGUUGGUGCGUGA